AUGUUUUUUAUAAGAAAUCUAUCUAUCUAUCUAUCUCACUCUAUCUAUCUAUCUAUCUAUCUAUCUAUUUAUAAAUCUAUCUAUCUAUCUAUCUAUCUAAUCUAUCUAUCUAUCUAUCUAUCUAUCUAUCUAUUAAAGACAUUUUUAUGUUUAACAUUCUUUUAUAAGAAAUCUAUCUAUCUAUCUAUCUAUCUAUCUAUCUAUCAUUUUUGUUUUAUCUUUUAUAAGAAAAAUCUAUCUAUCUAUCUCAAUCAUAUCUAUCUAUCUAUUGAAGACAUUUUUAUGUUUAACAUUCUUUUUAUAAGAAUUCAUCUAUCUAUCUAUCUAUCUAUCUAUCUAUCUAUCUAUCUAUCAUUUUUAUACAUUUUAUGUUUAACAUUCUUUUAUAAGAAAUCUAUAUCUAUCUCAAUCACUCUAUCUAUCUAUCUAUCUAUCUAUCUAUCUAUUCAUUUUUAUUUAACAUCUUUUUAUAAGAAACUAUCUUCUAUUAUCUAUUUUUAUCUAUCUAUCUAUCUAUCUAUCUAUCUAUUAAAGACAUUUUUAUGUUUAACAUUCUUUUAUAAGAAAUCUAUCUAUCUAUCUAUCACUAUCUAUCUAUCUAUCUAUCUAUUAAAGACAUUUUUAUGUUUAACAUUCUUUUAUAUCUAUCUAUCUAUCUAUCUAUCAUCUAUCUAUCUAUCUAUCUAUCUAUUAAAUCAUUUUUAUAAAUCUAUCUAUCUAUCUAUCUCAAUCACUCUAUCUAUCUAUCUAUCUUAUCUAUCUAUUAAAGACAUUUUAUGUUUAACAUUCUUUUAUAAGAAAUCUAUCUAUCUAUCUAUCUCAAUCAGACAUCUAUUCAUCAUCUAUCUAUCUAUCUAUCUAUUAUCUAUUAAAGACAUUUUAUGUUUAACAUUCUUUUUUAUAAGAAAUCUAUUAUCUAUCUAUCUCAAUCACUCUAUCUAUCUAUCUAUCUAUCUAUUCAUCUAUCUAUUAUUAAAGACAUUUUUAGAUUCUUUUAUAAUCUAUCUAUCUAUCUAUCUCAAACUCAUCUAG